AUGAAUAUAAAUAGAGCAUUCUGUGCCCAAUUGCGCCAGGUACGUUUGCGACACACUAUGGCUAACCCACUGAUACCUACAGAAAUGUUACUGAGCGCAUGGCUUCGCCAUCACCUCUUUAUCUUGGGCUUUGAUAAGCUCAAACUCCAUGCUUAUAAGAAGCUCUCGUCGCUAAUAUCUCAGGGUGGCGGCGGAGUAAUCAAGAAUGUUGUAUUUGACAUGUCGCUGUUUGUAAAGAGGGAAUGGAACAACAACCUGGACUUGCUCCAACACGUGGCUCCUGACUUGACAUUGAACCUGAACAUGCUGGACUUCAAGUGGUUCUACAUCUCUGUAGGCUAUAUGAUGUUGACCCAGCCAGAAUCAAAGGUAGAACUGCUUACAGAUAAGGUGGUGAACUUUUAUCUUGACCUGGGAGGUGGCCAUUUGCUGCUUGAUGCUCCCAUUGGAAACACCGAGAAGCAAAUCUUGAAGCUAGCUGCUAAGUAUUACAAGUCGGUCAAGAUCAACUACAGGGCAUUAUACGAUCCCAAUUUAGAUCCUCGGUUCAUAACGGUGGGUGAGGGCACUUCUGCUGUCACAAUAUGCUUGCCUGAUCUUCCAAAGAUAAACUCCAAGCAUCUAUUAGCCAAGGCGCUUUUACAUAAGGAAUUGUACAGAGCGGUUUUCCUGGUUGACCACCCCUUCUGUCAGUCUCUUAUGCGUCAAAACAUUUCCAUCAACAGAUCGGCACUCAAUGUUAUUCGGUAUGACUUGCUGUUUCUCGAUGGUUUGGGUGACUUCUUCUUGGCAACAGAGUCUUCAGAAUUUUUGUAUAAGUUCAGGUCUCUGAAACCGUACUCGGAGGAUGCUUCUUUUGGAAAGAAGACCUAUACGUUGCUUAAGACGAUAUUGGCCACCAAUACAUUAUUGCUGCGCUUGGCCGUUGCUUACAACUUACAUACUGCUCUUGACGAUAACAUUGUUUCGGGAUUACUUAAUGAUUCCUACAUCCCAUACAUUUCCUCCGGAAUGGUAUCCAACGACCCUCUGGUAAUGAAGUAUGAGGAGGAAUUUGUGGCUGACUACUUUGAGCAGUACGUAGGGGCACUUUACUUAGAGCAGCCAGAAGUGGCCAAGGAGUGGAUCAAUAUCUUAUUUGAACGCAUAUUGUUUCUGAUUUCGGAUUCAUAUAAGGUGAUUCAUCGAAGAAGAAAGCUACUGGCAAGUCAUUACGAUUAUCGUGCCUGGAGCGUGGAUGUCAUUGGCAGGUCCAUAUGA